GUUUACGUGGUGACGUGUACCGGAAGACAUGCCACUCGACUGGUGCCAGAUGUCUUGUCAGCUAUGAAAAACAGGCGUUGGCAGUGAGUUCUCGUUUUCUGUCAGUUUAUUAAUGCUAAACAAGCCGUGCUCUCAUACGUUUGCGUUAGCUACCUUCACGUCUUCAAACAAAUGAGAAACGAGAGCACUGCUGUGCAUUUAGCUUAGCUAGUAGCUGUCGCAGCUCUGUGGCCACUGUCACGCCAUCAUCGUCAGGGACGUCCUGCAGACGGCAGGUGGGUUUUAACCCGGUCACCAUCCACAGUCAGAGCCCAUAGUUCUGACUCACCUUGAUCACUUCGAGAACUACGUGUUGCAUGAGGUUGGUGUUUGUCCACUGAAGCAAUGGCCAGUCCAAAUGAUCUACAGUUCCAAGAGUUUGAGGAAGCAGCAGAGCUGCUGGCUGUAGACCCGGGGGCCUCCACUCUCAGCAUGUCUGCCACAAACGCCACUACCACAGUAACAGGAGAAGGAGGAGGAGAGGAGGUGAAACUAGACCUCUCCGAGGAUGAGGGGGGUCAGGAGGAGAGCUCUGAGCUGUUAGGAGGACAGAAAGCAGGUGGUGGCUUCUGGACCUUUGAGUACUAUCAGUCUUUCUUCAAUGUGGACACAGUGCAGGUAUUGGACAGAGUGAAGGGGUCAGUGAUGCCAUUACCUGGAAGAAAUUUUAUCAAACACCACCUUAGGAGUAACCCAGACCUAUAUGGUCCAUUCUGGAUCUGUGUCACACUGGUUUUCUCAGUUGCCAUCAGUGGAAACUUGUCUGUCUUCCUCAGUCAGAUGGGAAACCCUUCGUUCCACUACAGGCCACAGUUCCACAGAGUGACAAUAGCUGCAGUUGUCAUCUUCUUGUAUGCCUGGCUGGUGCCCAUUGGUUUAUGGGGAUUCCUGACUUGGCGGCAAGGGGCUGAGAGGCAGAUUGGAGGCUAUUCCUUCCUGGAGACUGUUUGUGUCUACGGCUACUCCCUCUUCAUCUAUAUCCCCACCUCGGUUUUGUGGAUCAUUCCAUUGGAGUGGUUGCGCUGGACACUAAUCCUGAUUGCCAUGCUGAUCUCCGGUUCAGUCCUGGUGCUCACCUUCUGGCCCGUUGUCCGUGACGACACCAAGGUGAUGGCUGUGGCUACAGUUGCAACGAUAGUAGUUUUGCACACGCUGCUGGCUAUCGGCUGUAAGAUGUACUUCUUCCAGAUAGCAGUCCAGUCACCGACUCCAGCUCCAACAGCCCCCCCAGCUCACAUUACACUGGCCACCCAGCCCCACUGACCAAUAGGAGGGAGGAUGAGUGUUGGUAGAGAGAGAACGAUGUGAAGGAAGCGUCUGUUAGACAGGAGGCAGCGUUAAUCAUUGGUCCUCUGAAGAAGUGCUGGGAUAGCUCUGUGUGUGUGUGUGUGUGUGUGUGUGUGUGUGUGUGUGUGUGUGUGUGUGUGUGUGCGUGCGUGCGUGCGUGCGUGCGUGCGUGCGUGCGUGCGUGCGUGCGUGCGUGCGUGUGUGUGAGAGAGAGAGAGAGAGAGAGAGAGAGAUUCAUCCUGAGGUGGUUCUACUGUGACUGUAGCACUUUCUUCACUGCAAUAAUUGUACAUUUCUACUGUGAUGUUUCAGGAUGUGGUGCAUCUUAGGGUCUGGCAUGGCUUCCUCAGCACUGUUAUUCCCCCCCAUCAUCAAGGAUUAUAUAACCCUAACCCAAAUUCAGAACAGAGGACAGUAAGAAUCAUAAGAAGAGAGCAUUUCUGAACUAAAUGAAACCUUGAUUCUACCAGUCAUUACUUGUUACAAGGCAUCAGCUAGACAACAGAUGAGUUCUUCAGCUCAGAGGCAGAAGUUACAUCCAGCUGACAAAAGCCACACAUCCAAGAGAGAGAUGACAAAGUUUGCCAAAUUGCGCACCCCUGAUUAUACAUAAGCUCCCCCUAGUGGUACCAUAGUGAAAAUUUUGAAUCGAAAAGUGAAUUUUUUCAGGAUUUUUGAAUUUAGAUACAUGUCUCUCGUUCAAAUGUCAUCCAUAAUUAGUUCCAAUUAGUUAAGUUAGUUAGUUAGUUAACUGAUGGCGAGACUUGUUGCUCAUAAUGACGGUAGCUGGAGAGGCUUCUAUUUUCUGAGCUAGUACAGGGUGUUAAUGAGUAAUGUUUUGUUGCUCUCUUCUAGCAUCUACAGCUUUCAGAAAAUGAUGCACAAUGUCAAAUUUACUCCCAUGAAGCAGCUCGCUUCCGUCACAAAUGUGGAGGGGAAGCCAUUACAGAUAUUAGUGUGGGGUUAUGAAUGUGUUUGAAGAUGGGAAAGGGACUCCUGCUGAUGCACCACACCAGCAUAAUAACCAUGAAGAGCUCAACCUUUUAACUUUAAGAUACAAUAUGAGUUAAUUUACUUGAAAUUGCUUUUCUGAUUUAUUGGGUUGUCUGCAGAACUAUUUAUUUCCUACUGUGAUGCUGUUUGGGGAUUUUUGUUAAUAAACGUAUCAUCGUA